AUGUCGGGGUCAUUUUGGAAGUUUAGCAAUGGGUUCACAUCCCUUUCGAAUAUUACAACCUUACUUGAGAAUUACAAUCUGAAUCAAGAGCAGAAUGAGGCCCUGUCGAUGGAUACGAAAAAGGCGGAAGAGGAACAACAUGACGUGCUUAUAAAGUUAUUGGAUGAAAAUGACUUGCUACAGGAGCUUUUAUCUAAUAACCCAAUGUUGUUGGAGUUUUUGAGAGAUGAAAAUGUGUUGAGCAUGUUGGUUGAUAUUGUUAUAUCAAAGGACUCUGAAGCAGAUAUUAUAGAAGAGAAGGAGGGGGAUGGUGAGAAGAACGAUUCAGCUAGUACUUCAAAAGAUUUGAGUAAAUCAUUUGACUCGAAGGAAGGAGAGGAAGCUAAAGAGCUGUCAGAUCAAAAGGAGCAAGAAACACCGCAACAUGACACUGGUGAUCUGGAUGAUAAAGAUGAUGAUGAUGACGAUGACGAUGAUGACGACGACGAUGAUGCGGAGGAAGAAGAACUGUCUGAAGAUAGGUUCAGAAGAAGGGCAACAUUGGCGUCUGAAGUGCUCAGUGCAGAUGUAUGGUCCUUAACUGAUACCGUUAUGGAGUCCACUGAGAACCUUAAUAAGUUGUGGAGCGUUUUGGAUACAAAGGAUGCACUCGACAUCCACGUCUCAACUCACUUUAUGAAAAUCAUGGAACAUUUGCUAGACAUGAAAUGUGACGAAAUGAUAACCUACCUUAUAGACAAUCAACCAAAUUUAGUCGAAAAAUUUAUCAACCACUUAUCGAAUCCUCCAUUGAUGGACUUUUUGCUAAAAUUGAUAUCCACAGACAAGCCAGAUAACUCGACCGGUAUAAUAGAAUUUUUGCAAAACCAAGACUUGAUCUCGCGUUUGAUAAAUGCGUUGGAUGUUUCGGAUGUCCCUGAAAGUGGCAUAGUAGAAGAAGACAAGAGUCAUGAAUUACUUUUGAUUGAGCAAAGCUCAGCAGCAGAUUUCCUCAAGGCUCUAAUAACGAUAUCAGCAAAUUCGACGGCUGACAAUUCAACUAUAGGGCCAAACGAACUCACAAGAGAACUCGUUUCAAAAGAUCAAAUGACUAGGUUGUGUGAGAUUAUGCUAAAAGGUGGCUAUGCAUUGGCAAACGGUGUAGGCAUAAUCAUUGAAAUCAUCCGAAAGAACAAUUCCGAUUAUGACAUAUUACCUGUAUUAUACAUCACAUUGGAGAGUCACCCUCCGACAGGAAGGGACCCGAUUUACCUCGGUCACUUGCUAAGGGUGUUUGGGGAACGAAUUCUGGACUUUAACGAGUUGUUGAUUAAAGAACAUAGUGAUUCCAAAUUGAGAACGCCAUUUGGUGUAAUUCAGCCAUUGGGGUUUGAGAGGUUUAAAAUCUGUGAAUUGAUUGCCGAGUUAUUGCAUUGCUCCAACAUGGCGUUGUUGAACGACAAUAAGGGAUUUGAUGUUGUUAAAGAGCGUGAUGAGUUGAGGAUAAAGAUGAAGGAGUAUGAUCCAAUCAGCUUCAAGUACAAUGAAGUUAUUAACUUACCACGUGAGGAUGAUGAGAAGGAAGACACAAACGAUGGAGAUGAUACUGCCAACUCGGUUAAAGACGACACGAUUGAUGAAUUUAACAAGCAAGAAGAUGCACUUGACGAAGAUGAGCCUCAUGCAAACUCAAAUUUGACGGAAGAGCAAAUCAGGGCAAGCCCAGUGGUGGGUGAUUUUUUGAAGAUUGCAUUGUUUGACACCCAGAUCAUUUCUAAUAUACUAUCCAUGUUUUUCCGUUUCCCUUGGAAUAACUUUUUACACAAUGUUGUAUUUGAUGUUGUACAACAAGUCUUGAAUGGGUCAAUGGAUAUUGGGUUUAACAAGUUCUUGGCAAUUGAUUUGUUCCAUCUGGCUGAUAUUACCAACAAGAUUAUCGAAGGACAAAGACUAUGCAGUGACUAUGAAACCAGUCAUAAUGGCUUGCGGUUGGGUUUCAUGGGCCAUUUGACCUUGAUUGCCGAAGAAGUUGUCAAGUUUGUGCAAUUGUUCCCAUCCAACACAUUGAGCGAUUACAUUAAUGAAAAGAUUGAGAGUGACGUGUGGGAAGAUUAUGUUAGUAAUGUUUUGUAUGAUACUCGAGAAAAGUACAAUGCAAUCUUGGGUGGAAAUGAGGAUGAUGACGAUAAAGAUGAGGAGGAUAACACGACGUUUGAUGAAGGAUUAGGUGAGAUAAUUGAGGAAGUCAAGACUGGAUUGGUGUUUCACGACGAUGAGGAGAGAGAGGUUGAAGAAGCACAUGAAGAGGAUGCUGGAGACAAUGAUGAUAGCAGAGAAGUGGGUGGCACAAAUCGAGUUAAAAAGAAUAAAAAGGACUUGUUGGAUAGUGAUGAAUCGGAAUCAGACGACGACGAUCAUUUCUCAAACUACAUGUCACAGCAGCUUGCCAACACCUCAAACAGUGCAAACGAAGAGCGCGAAGAGAGUUCAAGCGAAGAUGACGAGGAUGAUGAUAAAAAUAUUGCAAAUGAAGAUGACGCUGACGAUUAUAUAGAUCCUAAUGAUGAUGGUAUGUCGUACAAGAAAUCCAAUCCGUUGUACGACAGUAUGGGUGAAUUAAAGAAUGCUCAUCCUGAGUUUGACAAGAAUGCAGAUGCGCAAUUGGAGGACGAUUCAGAUUCAAGUUCCAACUCAAGCUCGGAUGAGGAGUUAGAUGCAGAUGCUCCUAAAUUGACGAGAUCUGCUAGCAAAAACUAG